CUGGCUGGCCUCUCUGUUCUUGAGGAAACUUCCCAACUCUGCUCAUGUACUUUCCUGAAGCUCCAAAGAUGCCCGCACCUCCGAUUAACUCCUACUGCCAGCCCUCUCCACCUUCCCGGAGCGGUUCCGAGGUCAUCUGAGUGGUCCCAGCUCUCCUGUGAGGCUCGGGAAUCCGUUUCGGUGUUGCAAACUAUAUGCCCGCAGCACCUACGGGUUCCGGCUCAUUACUGCCCGCUCCCCGGCGCGUAGAUCAGGAUUCUAGAUUUGUGUCUGCCGCUCCUUGGCUCUUUACCUCCCGGAACCUUUGGUUUCUGUACAAUGGGUGAUUUGAGGUCCUCUGCAGCCCCUUAUCCCUGGUAUCGUUUUUGCGCUAUCUCCACCACCUUGUGCACAGAACCUUGAAUGCGUUGUUUUAGUUACCUUGUUUUAAGUGAAGGUCUGUUGGAUCUCAGUCACUCAGAAAUAUUUUUUGUCUUCUACAUAUUCAUCUGUAAUUGUACCCAGAUAUUGGCCACUAUAGGGCGGGAGGCCAGGAGGCAAAAGUUUGGUUUGGGGGUGAUACAGGUGUUGUCUCCCUGCAUCUGCCUUCGCUGCUUGCCCCUGCAGGGAGUGCACGUGCCCUUUCCCUAUUCCACCCCCACGAUGCCCUUGUCCCGCUUGCUGAGAUCUGUAGGGGUCUUCCUGCUGCCAGCCCCCUGCUGGGCACCCAGGGAGAGGUGGCUAGGUUCCCUACGGAGCCCCUCCCUGAUACACGGGUGCCCAGUCCUGGGGGCCUGGCACGGUGCCCGCUACUGGUGCCAAGUGUGGACAGAGGAGCCUCGAGCACUUUGCUCCUCUCUCAGGAUGAAUGGAGAGCAGAAAUCUGAUGUUUAUGCUCAAGAAAUGCAGAAUUUCAUCCAGCACUUCUCUCAGAUUGUUAGAGUGCUGACUGAAGAUGACAUAGGGCACCCAGAAAUAGGAGAUGUCAUUGCCCGGCUCAAGGAGAUCCUGGAGUACAAUGCCAUUGGAGGCAAGUACAACCGGGGUUUGACAGUGCUAGUGGCAUUCCGAGAGCUGGUGGACUCAAGGAAACAGGAUGCGGACAGUCUGCAACGAGCAAUGACCGUGGGCUGGUGUGUGGAACUGCUGCAAGCUUUCUUCCUGGUGACAGAUGAUAUUAUGGACUCAUCCCUUACCCGGCGGGGAAAAGUCUGCUGGUAUCAGAAGCCAGGCAUAGGUUUGGAUGCUAUCAAUGAUGCUCUCCUCCUAGAAGCCUGUAUCUAUCGUCUGCUGAAGUUCUACUGCCGAGAGCAGCCCUACUACCUGAACCUGCUUGAGCUCUUCCUGCAGACUACCUAUCAGACAGAGGUUGGGCAGACUCUAGAUGUCAUCACAGCUCCUCAGGACCAUGUGGAUCUCAGUAAAUACACUGAAAAGAGGUACAAAUCUCUUGUCAAGUACAAGACAGCUUUCUACUCCUUCUGUCUGCCUGUUGCUGCUGCCAUGUACAUGGCUGGCAUUGAUGGGGAGAAGGAGCACAGCAAUGCCAGGAGGAUCCUGUUGGAGAUGGGCGAGUUCUUCCAGAUCCAGGAUGAUUUCCUUGAUGUCUUUGGGGACCCCAGUGUGACGGGAAAGAUUGGCACCGACAUUCAGGAUAACAAAUGCAGCUGGCUGGUGGUUCAGUGUUUGCAGCGGGCUACUCUGGAACAGCGCCAGAUCUUGGAGGAGAAUUACGGGCAGAAGGACGCUGAGAAGGUGGCCAAGGUGAAAGAGCUAUACAAGGAGCUGGAUCUGCCGGGUACAUUCCUUCGAUAUGAGGAAGACAGCUAUACUCAUCUCAUGAACCUCAUCCAGCAGUAUGCUGCGCCACUGCCCCCAGCCAUCUUCCUGGCGCUGGCUAAUAAGAUCUACAAGCGGAAAAAGUGACCUGGACACCAUAAGGGCAGGGAAGGAGGGACGGAGGGAGGUGCUCAAUAAAUUAUCAUGUAACACUGUU